GAGGGCACCCUGGGCAUUCGCCACCGCCGCCUCCUCUCCCUCUUCUCACGGAGCCAGAGCACCCAUGGGCGACAGCACGGCGUGUUCCCCCCCGAGGCCGCACUGAGACCGGCUCAGACCCUCAGGGAGCCCCCCAGGGACUAGAAGCCCCCCAGGGACCAGAUCCACCAGCUGUAGGAGGCAACCCGCCGGCCCUCUUUCACUUUUCUCUUCUCCCUUUCUUCUGUCCCCGCUGCCCGCCAGGCCCGUUUAGAAGUGGCGUUCCCCGUUCAGAAGCGGCGUUGCCCCCGGGGGCCUCGUGAGGAUGUGAGGAUGCCGUCUUUGAAGAGAAGCUGAGAAAACAAACACACCCUCGUCGAGCCGGACGUUCAUGGCCAAAUGUGGAGUGGUCGCGGUCGAUGAGAAGCCGCUCAGGGGCGCGAUGCCGGCCGGCCAGGGGGUGAGCCGCGGCGGCGCCUACGGCUACUUCCUCAACAUGGUGGCCUAUCAGAUCUGCUGCUGCUGUGGCCCCGCCCCCUGCUCGCUGUGCUGUGCCUUCUGCCCGCCGGUGCGGUCCUCCAGCAGCACGCGCGUCAUGUACGCCAUGUUCCACGUGCUGAGCUGCGCCGUGUCCUGUCUCAUGCUGUCACGCACCGUGUCGGAGCUGGUGAGGGAGAAGGUGCCUUUCUUCAACACGGUGUGUGACCAGGCGCACGGCGGCGGCCACUGUGAGAUGCUGGUGGGCUACUCCGCGGUCUACCGGGUCUGCUUCGGCACUUCCUGCUUCUACCUGAUGAUGGCGCUCUUCCUCAUCGACGUGAAGUCCAGUCAGGACUACAGAGCGCUGAUCCACAACGGCUUCUGGUUCCUGAAGUUCAUCACCCUGCUGGGCUCGUGCACCGCGGCCUUCUUCAUCCCCACGGAGUCCUUCCUGCACGCGUGGCACUACGUUGGAGUGGUGGGAGGAUUUGCCUUCAUCCUCAUCCAGCUCAGCCUCAUCACAGCGUUCGCUCACACCUGGAACAAGAACUGGCUGACCGGAGCGGCAGAGAACAAGCGUUGGUAUUUGGCGGUGUUGUCCGCCACCCUCUUCUUCUACACCAUCGCCACCAUGGCCUUCACCUUCAUGUACAAGUACUACACGCACCCCAUCGCCUGCCACUUCAACAAGGCGCUGCUGUGCAUCAACCUGGGCCUCUGCGGCCUCAUGUCCUUCAUUGCCGUCACGCCGUGCGUGAAGCAGAAGCAGCCUCAGUCGGGGCUCCUUCAAGCCUCCAUCAUCAGCUGUUAUGUCAUGUACCUCACAUUCUCCGCGCUAUCCAGCCGCCCGCCAGAGAAAGUGGUGUACCAGGGCGUGAACAUGACCGUGUGCUUCCCCAGCGUGGGGCAGGACGGCGCCCAGAGCGAGAGCAACGCCGUGGCCAUCAUCGGGGCGGCCAUCAUGUACAGCUGCGUGCUGUUCGCCUGUAACGAGGCCUCCUACCUGGCCGAGGUGUUCGGCCCUUUUUGGAUGAUCAAAGUUUAUCACUACGAGUUCCAGAAAGCCACCUGCUGCUUCUGCUGCCCCGAGGAAGAGGAGGCAGAGGAGGUGUUCGUGAUGGAGGAGGAGAACCGAGGCUGCCAGCAGGUGGUCCACAACGAGACUCAGCAUGUGGCCUACAGCUACUUCUUCUUCCACUUCGUCUUCUUCUUGGCGUCGCUGUAUGUCAUGAUGACCCUCACCAACUGGUUCAGCUACGAGUCGGCCGUGCUGGAGACGACCUUCACCCACGGCAGCUGGUCGACCUUCUGGGUGAAGCUGUCGUCGUGCUGGGCCUGCGUGCUGCUGUACCUGUGGCUGCUGCUCGGCCCGCUGUGCAGCUGCCAGGCCGAGGCCCGGCCGCGCCGCGCCCGCAUCAAGCGCCGCCCGGCCGCCGGCUCGUGCCGCCACGUCUCCGUGACCGUCUGACCGGGGAGGGGGCGGGGUCAAAGACUCGCUCCGGACCAAUCGGAGAGCUCCGCGCCCCGCUGGGUCGAUGGCGUUAUAAACCUGCGAGGACUCCGCUGGACGAAUUGCCAAAGGGAUCCGAACUCUCGGCCCGACGAUGAGUCGUCACAUCAGUUCUGGUUUCCAACGCGGAGGACUGUAGACACUCGGCCGCAUGCGGAGAAGUUUCCUCCAUGUGGAGAGAAUGUCCUCGAGUACAGAAACCGACGGCCGUCCUCGGGUCUCCGGCCACGGCUUGGAUCAUGAACACGUCUCUGGGCCGUGUUGACGCUCGGGAACUAAAUAUCUUCGUGGCUCGUCGGUGGCGUCCAAACUUUUUUCUCUCGUUUACUUUUCAUGAAAACGUGAUUCCUCCAGAUUAGUUUCAAUUUUUUUUUAUUCCUCCAGAUUAGUUUCAACUUUUUUUUAUUCCUCCAGAUUAGUUUCAACUUUUUUUUAUUCCUCCAGAUUAGUUUUAACUCUUUUUUUUAUUCAUCCAGAUUAGUUUCAACUUUUUUUUUAUUCCUCCAGAUUAGUUUCAACUUUUUUUUAUUCCUCCAGAUUAGUUUC